GCGAUCGACCCGUUGGGCCGUUAGAAUGAAGAUGGCUGCGCCCACACAAUCAGAGUUUGAGACGCUUUUGCUGUUGUUAAAAGCUCCAUCUAAGGAGGUUGUCCUACAGCUUUGUGAUGCUGCCUAUACGCACAGAGAUACGCACCCAGUUCCGCCCACAGUAACAGGCAAUGUGUCUACUAAACUAGACAUCACUGACUCGGAAGCACAACAGUUGAUGAAUUCAUUAGCGAAACUAGUAAAGAAGGCAAUUUACGAGGGUUGCUCUGACCUGCCAUCUGCCCAGGCAAUAUUUCCAGAGAGUUUUCAUAAAAACCUGAAAGAUCUUUUAUCAAAAAUAAUCACAGAGCGUUCAGAAUCAUGGCGAAACUAUAUUAUAAACAGUGAAAUCACAAUGCCGAAGCUGGUAGAUUUUGAUUGGCGGGUUGACCUGAAGAUGGCGUCAGAGACUGUGUCGAGAAUGUCAGUUCCAACAUGCCUGCUUCAGCUUCAGGUGCAGGACAAUCUGGAUCAGAGCAGUACAGCUCCUGUGACUUCCUUUCACAGUGUGGAACUGUCAAAGGGAACGCUUGACACAAUGCUGGAUGGUCUUGGAAAAAUAUGUGACCAACUCUCUUCUGUAUCUAGAAAGUGAAUAAAAUGACGCACAAAAUUGCAUUAUUUCAUGUUAAUCAUUUUGGUUCCAUCAAUUGCUGCUGAUUUUCUACAACCAUUAUUUUUGGAGGAAAUUUGAGUGAAUUAAUGAAUGAGUAUGGUUUCAUAAUCGCUUCUAGAUUGCAUUGCCUAUUAGAGAAGUCUAGUUUUGAAAUAAAUUGAUUUGUAUCAUGAAAUAGUAUCAGGACAAGACUUAGUAUUCCCUGGAAAAUUACCCUCUAACAGUACCUCUGAGAAGUUAUCCCAUGGGAAAACAUUCCCAUGGGAUUUAACCCCCAGACAAUAUUCCCGACAAUCACCUCUUCACUCAAACCGAUUAACUCUUUUUCAAGGAAUUAAUUCUAUGCAGUAAUCUUGUAAAUAAAUUAUUAGUGGUAAUUGUCCCAGGGUUGUUGCCCUUAGUGGGGGUGAGUUUCUGGGGGCUACUUGUCCUUGAAGCUUGUAAAAUAUCUUUCACAUGUGAAAGGUCAAAAGAAUGAUUGUUAUGGAUUAUUUUUGCAUAUUGUUUGCAUCUAAUAUGUACAUAAUGGCUCUAGCAGUCUAUGUAUGGUUUAUUUGAAGUAUCUAGGUAUUAUUGCAACAGGUCAAGGUAACUUUUAUUACGAGCACAUUUGUUGUACACCGACUGGGAGCAUGAAUCUUUAUUAUUGAACAAGAUCGGCCAUCUCAAAUCGUUAGUUAUAAGAACUUGACACAGCUGCUACUUGUGGGGAUGCUAACUGAUUGUAACAACUGUUUAAAUACAGUUUUUCACAGUUACAGAUUGGGUAUAUUCUCUAUAAAGCCAUUCUUGGCAGCAGUUACUACCCCGUUACUACAUUCUGUUUACAAAUAAUCGAUAUGAUAAUCGAAUAUAGAAUAUAAGUAUAGUGUACUUUUUGUUUUUAUUAUUAAUGUAUUAUUGUUAGAAAUUGACAAAAAUUAUAAGUGUGUGAAAUUCUGUGUAAUAAAUUGCGUACAAGUAUAUGAUCUUUUGAAUUAAACGAAUGUAAAUCUUAA